AUGUUAAGUUCAAAUUAAUUGAAAAUUAAGCCUUUCACUGUGAUUGUAGCAGCUGCUAAAAAUGAAGGUAUUGGCUUUAAAGGAGACCUACCUUGGCCUAAAAUUCCUAAAGAAAUGAAGCAUUUUGUAAAUGUGACCACUACAAAAGAACCUCUUGGCUUUUCUAUGGGAGAAUUGGUUGGAAAAGACUGUUUUUUCCAAAACAAUUUCAAAUUUGCUACCUCUCCCGUCUCAGAUAAAAUCAAUGCGGUAAUUAUGGGAAGAAAGACUUGGGAUUCAAUCCCACUUAAGUUCAGACCACUUUAGAAAAGAAUGAACGUUAUCUUGACAAAUCAGACUAAUCUUGAGGACACAAAUGACGAGAAUGGUUUGAUUCAGGUUUUUAAUGACUUCUAAGUUGCCCUCGAGAAUCUCUCAAUGAAUCCAAGGAUCAAUGAAAUUUUCGUUAUUGGUGGUAGCACUGUCUAUGAUUUGGCUAUCAACAAGUACACUGAGUUCUGCAAGCUAAUUAUCAAAACCAGAAUCAAUCGUGACUAUGAAUGUGAUACAUUCAUGCCAAAAAUUGAUGAGGAGAAUACCUACUCAAAAAUAUACAUUUCCCAAACCCAUUAGCACGAUGACAUCACAUUUGAUUAUUGCUUCAUUGGAAAUAAAAAAAUGCUAUAACACAAGCCUGAGUUAAUGCCAACAAGACUAAUGUCAAAGUACAAGAAGCAUCCAGAGAUGUAAUAUCUUGAGAUCAUCAAGGACAUCAUCGAAACUGGAAGCGAAAAAGCUGAUAGAACAGGUGUUGGAAUUAUCGGUAAAUUUGGAUAUCAAAUGAAAUUUGAUCUUGAGGAGAGUUUCCCAAUUUUAACUACUAAAGAUGUAUUCUGGAGAGGUGUAGCUGAAGAGCUAAUCUGGUUUGUUAAAGGAGACACUAAUGCAAAAAAUCUUAGUGAUAAGAAAAUAAAGAUCUGGGAUGGUAAUGCUUCAAGAUAGUUCUUAGAUGGAAUUGGCUUGAAAGAAAGAGAGGAAUGGGACCUUGGGCCAGUCUAUGGCUUUUAAUGGAGACAUUUCGGAGCUGCAUACGACACUAUGCAUUCUGAUUAUACUAAUUAAGGAUUCGAUCAACUAGCUGACGUAAUCAAUUAAAUUAAGAACAAUCCAACUAGCAGAAGAAUCCUGAUGAGCGCCUGGAAUGCAGCAGAUUUAAAGAAAAUGGCUCUUCCUCCUUGUCAUAUAUUAGCUUAAUUCUACGUUACCGCUGACUAAAAACUAUCCUGCCAGAUGUAUUAAAGAUCAUGUGAUAUGGGUCUUGGUGUUCCUUUCAAUAUUGCUAGCUACUCCUUAUUGACUUGCAUGCUGGCUUAAGUAUGCGGUCUUAAGAGAGGUGAAUUCAUCCACGUCCUUGGUGACGCACAUGUUUAUAAAAAUCAUGUUGAACCUUUGUAAGAGUAGUUGAAGAGAUAUCCCUAUCCAUUCCCUUAAUUAUUACUGAACCCAGAUGUCACUGAUAUCGAGCAGUUCAAAUUCUCAGAUUUCAAACUAAUAAACUAUACUCAUCAUCCUAGAAUCAAGAUGGAAAUGGCUGUAUGA